CAGGUCGAGAUCGAACGAAUCAUCGAUGAGAAAUGGAGCCGACGCCACGGAAAGCGCCGACAUCGCCUUUAUAAAGUGCGCUGGAAAGGAUUCCCGCCUGAUCAUGACGAAUGGCUGUCCGCGAGCGCUCUUGCAAACGCGCCGGAAGUCCUUAGGAAAUGGCGU